GAUGUGAAACUUAAUCAUGGACGAAAAAAUGAGCCGUGCUGACACCGAUUUCUCUCCAGACCCUGGAGGGUCAGGAAAAGAAGAAGGUGCCUCGUGUGAUGGAGAUCCAGAGAAAAUCAUCAGCAGACAGCUGAACGAACAGAGCCGGUUUGCUUUUGCUGCACUGUGUGGCGUCUCUUUGAGCCAGUUGUUUGGUGGUCCUGAAAACAGUGUGUUCAGGGAGCAGUACUUGCACGGGCUGGUUUGCUGGUUGGAUCUGGACGAGUCGGUGAAGCCAGUUAUGGAGGCUUUCUUGUCGGGUCUGGGCUCCGAGGGCUCUGACACUUUUCUCUCCAUCCUCCAGGCUGAUCCUCUGCUGGUAGCAGGAGCUACUCCGAUCGUCCAGGAUUUGGUGUCUUUUUCUGUCAAAGAUGGCCAGUACGAUGCCAGAGCGAGGGUUCUCAUCCGUCACGUCAGCUGUUUGCUUCGAGUCGCUCCGCAGCAGCUGGAGGAGUUCGAGGAAACGUUGGGAGAAAAGCUGAAGGAAGCGGGAGAGGAGWGCGAAGAAGAGUCAUCCAGGCGGUUGAAGAGAGAAAGGAGGCAAAAGUUCCGGCGUUACCUCCUCAUYGGUUUAGCCACAGUGGGCGGAGGGACCGUGAUCGGUGUGACAGGUGGACUGGCUGCACCUUUGGUGGCAGCUGGAGCCGGUGCCGUUCUGGGGGCCGGAGGCGCCGCUGCUCUGGGAUCUGCUGCUGGCAUCGCAAUAAUGGCCUCUCUGUUUGGAGCAGCAGGAGCCGGGCUGACUGGAUAUAAGAUGAAUAAGUGUGUCGGGGCAAUAGAAGAGUUUAAAUUCCUGCCACUGAACUCGGGGAAACAUCUUCACCUGACGAUAGCAGUGACAGGUUGGCUCUGCAGUGGGAAAUACAAUUCGUUCCAGGCUCCGUGGUGCAGUUUGGGCGAGUGUGGAGAGCAGUACUGCCUGGUGUGGGAGUCACGUUUCCUCAGGGACCUGGGCUCAGCCAUGACCUCUCUGCUGGACGGGCUGGUCAGCAUGAUGGCUCAGGAAGCCCUGAAGUACACUGUGCUCUCAGGUAUCGUGACGGCUCUGACGUGGCCCGCCUCGCUGCUUGCAGCAGCCAGUGUCAUUGACAACCCCUGGUGUGUUUGUCUGAACCGCUCGGCUGAGGUGGGCAAACAUCUGGCACAAGUUUUAAGAAGCAGGCAGCAGGGGAAGCGGCCCGUCAGCCUCAUAGGUUUUAGUCUCGGAGCUCGAGUUAUCUACUACUGUCUGCAGGAGCUCGCCAGUGAUAAMGGUAGUGAAGGAGUGGUGGAGGACGUGGUCCUCCUGGGAGCGCCAGUAGACGGCUCGGAGAAGUCCUGGAAGAAAAUGGCGAAAGUGGUGGCUGGAAAGAUAGUUAAUGGAUACUGCAGAGGUGACUGGCUGCUCGGCUACUUGUACCGCAGCUCGUCCGCGCAGCUGUCCGUCGCUGGGCUGCAGCCAAUCAACAUUCAGGAUCGACGCAUGAUCAACGUGGAUCUUUCUUCUGUGGUGAAAGGUCACCUGGACUACAUGCGUCAGAUGGACACCAUCCUGGUGGCAGUAGGAAUCCCCACCAAAGAAGUCCCCGGAGCAUCCUUCGUCCUGCCUCGGUCUGUAAAAGUUACAGAGAGAACUGUGGACAGUCCCGACCAAACCACCGAGGAGCAACAUGUGAGCGGGACAGAAAGCCCCGCUGAGACUCCCCCACAUGAAGAGACAGAGACAGAGAACGCAGGUGAUGGUUGGGACAUCCCCGACAUCUCAGAUCUGCUGGACUCAUUAGGUGAGACCGAGUCCGUCCCGAACGGUGCGGCUCUUAUCAAAGAGGAGGACACCCCUGACAACGAAGCAUCCUCAGAGUUUAAUACGCAGCGUGGCGGCGCCGAGGACCCCGACGAUGAACAGGUUUCUUGGAGCUGGAAYGACACGAACUGGACCGAAGAGCACCUGCACAAAUAAAAGCAUCCAAACUCGUGAAGGGUCUGCUCCAGAACCAGCUGCUUCUGUGUGAGCUCAUCUUCUCAGAGUUAUUUUCUGCAACAGAGAAGCGUCAACUUGAACCGAAUAUUAAUUUCAUUCUCAACACAAUGACAAGCGGUGCGCUCAUAUGGCAGCUUUUAGGAAAAACAAAAACCUUUAUCUUAGUAUUUCAAUGAAAUUAGAAGUAAUCUUGUAAGUAUUUAAUAAUAAUUAUUUAGAGUUUUGUACAUUUUGUAGUUUUCAAAAUGAUGAUUUGCUCGUUUGUUUUCUACACCUACUGUGAAAUCAAAUCCCCCUGCUGUUUUUGUGUGUCUUGCGGGUUAUUUGUGGAAAUUAUGAAAACAGUGACAAUUCCAUCCUUUUCUCUCAUCCUGCUCAUUUUUAAUCUGUUAGCUUGGUUGCUAUGGAUAUGAUCACAACAGUUUGAUUUCCAUAUGGCUGGAGGCAGUUCAGAAAAUGUGUUGUUUUUGUGGCCUGUUUUACUGCUACACAAGAGAAAUGUGAAACGGUUCAGUUGAACUGAUACAGAAUAGUAGCACUGAUAACUGGAAACUAUCUUUAAUUUUACAUUGAUCAGCACCUGGACUCUUCUACUAUAAAGCCAUGCUGUUGUGAUGAA